CUUGUCGCCGCUCCGACACUGUGGAUGUUCGCUGGCUUGCUUCGCGGCAUCUGGCUCCGUGAGAUGCUGAGCUGCCGAGUUCUGUCACCUCCAGACAUCUGUGGAGUUUAAGAAUGCUGUGGAGCUCAUCAGAAUGCAUUACUGAAGAAAAUGAUGGCUGAAAACAGUUUUAAAAUGCUAAAGAUUCAACAGUGUGUAGCCAACAAACUCCCUAGAAAUAGGCCAUAUAUUUGCAAUAUUUGCUUCAAGCACUUUGAAACACCAUCAAAAUUAGCUAGGCAUUAUCUUAUUCAUACUGGUCAAAAGCCAUUUGAAUGUGAUGUGUGCCAUAAAACCUUCAGGCAGCUAGUUCAUCUGGAGAGACAUCAGCUAACUCAUAGUCUGCCUUUUAAAUGUAGUGUUUGUCAGCGGCACUUUAAAAAUCUGAAAACAUUUGUGAAACACCAACAACUUCACAAUGAAACCUACCAGAAUGAUGUUAAACAGGUGAGAAGAUUGUUGGAGGCCAAGCAAGAAAAGCCACUUUAUGGAGCGUGUUGUACUUUUACCACAGAGGAGAGAUGGGCAUUCCACCCAUGCUCUAAGUCUGAUCCCACGUACAGCCCUACGAAAAGAAGAAAGAAUAUUCAUGCAUGUACAAUAUGUGGCAAGACGUUUCCGUCACAAUCAAAACUUGAUAGGCAUGCACUUAUUCAUACUGGUCAGAGGCCUUUUAAAUGUGUCCUGUGUAGUAAAUCUUUCCGACAGUCAACUCAUUUAAAAAUCCACCAACUCACACAUUCAGAAGAAAGACCUUUUCAAUGUUGUUUUUGUCAAAAAGGAUUUAAGAUUCAAAGCAAACUUCUGAAGCAUAAACAAAUCCAUACUAAGAAUAAGACUAUUCAGACUCUUUCGUUAAAGGUAAAGAGUCCAGAAUCGUGCCCGCUGCCUAAUAAAUUAAAUGCAAAGCAGGAUGGUUUUGAAAAUGGUGAUAUGGAUGAAUCUGAAGAGAAUAAUCCACUUGAUGUCCACUCUAUUUAUAUAGUCCCUUUUCAGUGUCCACAGUGUGAAGAGUGUUUUGAAUCAGAGCAGAUUCUCAAUGAACACAAGUGUUUUCCUGGCAAAGGUGGCAAAAUCCCAAGCAGGCUCAAAAGAAGCUACAACUAUAAAACCAUUGUUAAAAAAAUCUUGGCCAAGCUUAAACAUGCUGCAGUUAAGAAAUUAGAUAACUUUCGAUCUGAAAAAAAAGUAUUUAAAACCAGUUUCUUGAAAAAUUGUGAUCUUAUUUCUAGUGAGCAGAGCUCUGAGCAAAUCCAGAGAACAUUUAAGGAUUCUCUUGGCAAACAUGGAACGUAUAAGCCAGUUGGCAACAAAAAGAAAAAAACAUUGACUUUGCCAUUAUCUUGGCAAAAGCAAUUCCAGAGCCAAAAUGUGGGAAAAAAUUUGAAAGGUAUCUGUGCAACAGAAACCAUGUUAACUGUGGAUAAUUCAGUGAAUAAUAAAGACAUAUCUAUCUAUGGUUCAUCAGGUGAGGAAUUCUUUAGUAAUUGUGAAGUGCUUCAGUAUGGUUUUUCAGUUCCAAGGGAAAACAUACAUACUGGACAUAAAAUGUGUCCUUGUGACAAAUGUGAGAAAGUAUUUCCUUCUGUAUCCAAACUACAAAGACACUAUUUAAUUCAUACUGGACAGAGGCCUUUUGGCUGUAAUGUCUGUGGGAAAUCUUUUAGACAGUCAGCUCACUUAAAAAGACAUAAACUUACUCAUAUUGAAAAGAUUCCUUACAGAAGAUCUCUUUGUCAAGUAGAGUUUGACAAUUUGAACAAACUUUUCAUUCAUCCAGGUGAUACUGUUAACUGCAAUGCUUCCCAACAAUGUCAGGUUCUUGGUUUUCAAAAAUAUGAAGUCUCAGAGUCAGAUCAAAUAUCAGAAAUAAAAGUUGAGGCAGAAUCAGAGGAUUUCAUUCUUGGUACCCACUAUAAGAACAGGCAGCCCUAUGUCUCUACUGCAUUUCUGGAAUCAGAACAGAGCAAUCAUAGCCAUUGUUGCAGUUACUCAGGGCAUACUGAGAGGACUGAUGGCCUCCUUUAUCAAUGCAGUGUUUGUUCUAAAAGUUUCAGGUCUCCAUCUAAACUGGAAAGACACUAUCUAAUUCAUGCAGGGCAAAAGCCAUUUGAAUGCUCAGUUUGUGGCAAAACAUUCAGGCAGGCUCCUCACUGGAAAAGACAUCAACUUACUCACUUUAAAGAAUGACCACAAGAGGAAGUGGUUGUCUUAAAUUCAGUUAUGUAACUGAUUCAACCACUAACAACAUUUGUGGUCUGUCUGGUAGUCUUGUUCUUAAAACCUAUAUCACUUAAGAUAUUUUUUUUUUUUAUCAAAAGACCUUCAUGUCAUUAGACUGAAUGAAUUCAUAGGCAGUUGCUUGUCCUGCAUGGUAAGGAGCUAAGAUACAUAGAAAAUUAAAACAAUGUUUUAGGGACCGCCAAAUUAAUUUUAGAACAUGAUAUGAUGCUAUAAAGUAAGCACUUAUUUUAUUUGAAUGUUAUAUACUUUGGCUGUAUUAUAAGUGUUAUAAAUCUUUGAUGCUAUACAAAUAAUUUAGCCUUAUUCAUUUUUUUGAAGGAAUUACUCCUUAAGACAUGCCAUCUCCUAUUAGAUAGAAGACUGAGAGGCAAAAAUUGAUUCUUAGCUGCAGCAAAUAGCCCCACUAUAUUUCAUUUAUCUUACAUUUAUGUGAAAGCAUAAUUUUGUCCGCCUGUGGCUCAGAUUCCAUUGUAGAUUUUUUUCCCUGUAAAUUAAAAAAAAAAUACUUAGGUAAUAAAAUUGAAUAUGGAUGAGAAAAUUAUAGCACUAUUUUUAUUAGUCUUUUCAAAGUCAUUUAGUUUUAGGGUAAUUUAGUAAUUUUACCUAACUUUUCCUCCAGUGAUGAGAAGUGUAUUUUUGCCCAGGCUGUUGUCAUCUUUUCUGAAAGAAUUUUAAAAGUAGGGAAGAGGCUAGGAUGUACUUAUCCACAUUUACCAGGAAUAUUUUCCAAGUGCCAUAACCUUUUUGAUCAUAUGUAUGCAGCUUUUUCUUGUUUCAGAGAUAUAAACACAGUUCAUCUAUUUGCUUGUUAAUGGCUGACAGCAAUAAUCACAGACUUAAGACUCAUGUAGAGAUCUGCAUCCUCUUAAAACUUACUUACUUUUGUAAAACUUUCUUUUAAUAUCUCUUUGAGUGGUCCUAUGACUUACUUAAGCCCAUUUUGUUAAAUCUGAUCAAAUGGCAAUAACUAAGUCUGGUCUUAGUUUUUAUUCCUGUAUGUUUUUGCAAAAUUGUAUGCUAAAAAAUGUUCUUUUGACCCUUAUUAAAUAGAUAUUUUCAUUAGAAAGGUAAUUAAUUACUCCUAUGGAGGAAUAAGAUGUUCAUAGACUUGAGGGUAUUAUUCUAAACAACUGUCAUGAUUUGGAAAAUAUUUCAUUUAAUCCUAAACUUAUAGACUUAUAACAACAAAUUGUCUUUCAUAUUUGCCAUUGUUUAUAAAAUCUUUAACUGACAAUUUUUGGAAAUAAAAAAUUAAUCAUUUUAUUUCUAAGAUGAAAGGAAGAACAGGUGGGUAUUUAUCCUAGCAUUCUUAAUUAUAGUGAAAAAUCCUCCAUUGAGAAUAUGGAUAAAUGAACAGUUGUAAGUUUUUAAUCUUAUUCUAAGAACUUUUGGGGGGUGGGGGAUGUCUGCUUAUUUCUUUUAACCCAAGUGAAUUUUAAGUCACUUGGGUUUAAUUUACAGAGAUGAACAAUGACAAUACAUAUAAUUGCCCAAUG